UAUUUGUGGGGCCCGGUGUUGGUAUUGUUGAAGUUAGUAGUUAUAUAAACUAUAUCUGCAGAAACCAUAAUUAGUAACGUAAGGCGCUAAACUGAGUGAUCACAUCUAAAUAGGACAUUGUUAGACUUGUUAAACAUGUAAAUGUUUAAGUGGCGUCAUAUUGCCAAUGGGAAAUAUUCUCAACGCUGUCUCUAUGAAACACAGCUAAAUGUAGAUAAAACGAUGCAAGGAGAAGACCGUUUAAUUGAAGAUUAUAAUGUUGUUUUAAUGCACCUGCCCAAAGAUAGAAAAGCUUUCAUUCAAUGUAAAAUACCACUUAAAUGUUUAUUAUGGCCGAUUUGAAUGCCUCAUCCCUGAAAAUAAUAAGACCAUGACGUAUCUAGUUUAUAUUUAAGUGACCGCUGUCUUCUGAAUUAACUGAUAUAGGCCUACAUGUGCAAUAUUAGACCCCUGCCUGCAUCUGGACUCUCUUGUUGUUACCAAGUUCCCUUGUCUGUCUUAUCAUGUUGUUGGUCGGCAUUUGUUGUAAUAUCACUAUCAUUGGUUCCAUUCAAAUAGUGUUGAGCUGCACCUUUUCUGACCAAUAAAUACAAACUAGAUGGUGGAUGAGUACGCGCAUACAGCGCCUAUGAUCCGCGAUACUGCUUCACAAUGGCGCCCCCUAUCUUUAUUGACAAGCUAUUAUAAUCAUUUGAAACAUCGAUGUUCAGUUUUUGACAGCUGCUGAAGGACCCCUGGUCGGCGCAUGCGCACUAAACGCCCGUAUUUAGAUGUCAACUACACCACAGGUAACGGGCAAACAUUAGCAACUCCGCUAACGUAUUUAGGCUCUCCCACCAAAAGUAAUGAGGUAGAUCGCUUCACGUUCGCAUUAACAGUUACUUUGACUUCAAUUGACUGGUGUUGUCACUUUGGAAAUGGACCAGGAAUUUGAAGACAUGGAUUCCGAUGGCCGGUGGCAGAACCUAUACAUAGAAAUCAGGAAUCAGUCUCAUGAGUGCCCCUUCAAAAUCGCUAAAUAUCCGGAAAAUCGGUAUCGAAACAGAUACAGAGACGUCAACCCAUUUGACCACAGUCGGGUAAAACUUGGGAGCACGGAGAAUGACUACAUCAAUGCCAGUUUAGUGGUGAUGGAAGAAGCCCAGAGACGUUACAUAUUGACUCAGGGCCCCCUCAAGAACACCUGCAGCCACUUCUGGAUGAUGAUCUGGGAACAGCGGACCAAGGCUAUCAUCAUGCUGAACAGAGUAAUGGAGAAAGGAGCGGAGAAGUGUGCCCAGUACUGGCCCACGGCCACGGAGCAAGACAUGGCCUUCCGAGACACAGGCUUCCUGGUCACCUUGUUGUCCGAGGACGUAAAAUCCUACUACACAACCCGAGUGCUGCAGCUCCAGAAUGUACACACUGGGGAGAAGAGGGAGAUCUACCACUUCCACUACACCACGUGGCCUGACUUCGGGGUUCCCGAUUCCCCCGCCUCCUUCCUCAACUUCCUGUUCAAGGUUCGGGAGUCGACCUCGCUCGGGGCGGACCACGGGCCUGCCGUGGUGCACUGCAGCGCGGGGAUCGGGCGAUCAGGGACAUUUUCAUUGGUCGACACGUGUCUGGUGCUGAUGGACAAGAGGAAGGACCCGUCGUCGGUGGACAUCAAGAGCAUCCUGCUUGACAUGAGGAAGUACCGCAUGGGCCUGAUCCAGACGCCCGACCAGCUGCGCUUCUCCUACCUGGCGGUCCUGGAGGGGGCCAAGUACAUCAUGGGGGACUCCUCUGUCCAGAAGCGGUGGCGAGAGCUGUCCAAGGAGGACCAGGCCCCGGCGCCCGACUCCCCGCCCCCGCCGCAGCCCCAGGACGCCGGCCGGGGCCCGCGGCUCAACGGCAACCUGCGGGCCCCGCCCGAGGAGCCCGAGGACGGGGGGUCGGACGAGACCCCCGCGGGGACCCCCUGCAAGGAGGCGGACGUGGACAGCAGCAGCACACCGAAGAGACGCAGAGAGGACUCCCUCUCCAAGUCGCCGACGGCCCGCACGCCCCAGCAGCAGCAGCAGCAGCAGCAGAGCAUACCCAGGACAAACGAAUCGGAGAAGAAGAGGAAGAGAGCAAGAACCAGUGACACCUAGCUGCCUCCCAUCUGUAGCCACCCCACCUCGCCUCUCCGCUGGCUGCAACGUGUACUUCGGCAGGGACCUCCGUCUUAGACCCAAACCCCUGCAGACCUUCUCUCCUCCCCCAGCACCCAAUCUGUUUUUUCGUUUUUUCCACGCAACUUCCAUCUUGCUCGAACUCUGCCUUCUUUGGAACCCCCCACUCCCUACCCCUCUCCCCCCCCCCCCCCCCCGCAAUCCCUCCCCAUGGUGAGCUUCAUGUCCAGUUUCUGACCUCCUCCCUUCUUCUUUCUCCUCUUCCUCAUCAAAAAAAUAGUCUUCCCCCGCCAUUGUUGUCCAGCAUUCCCACACAUCACCAUCCUCUCUGCGUCACUCCUGCUUCGUCAUCUCCGCCCCCUCCCCCCCCCAAAUGACCCCCGCGGUCACUCCACCCCACCCCCCCCCCUCCCUCCCCUGGACACACUGCUGUUUACACCAAACACUUCGACAUUCUCUUCAAGAAAGCAUGUUCAUUUCAUAUUGUAUCUCCGUCGUCCAAAGGCGAACCACACCAGCUGUCCCAAAUCUCCCCCACCCCCACCCUCAUCCCCCCCACCCCCUCCCAGCACUGCUUGUGGAACAGGGCCACAUGAAGUGUGAUGUUAUCAUUUAAUAUUUUGCUGGGGCUUUUUUGUUUUGCAUCUACCAAAUUGACUCUUUAAGUUGGCGGUCCAGGAUGCGCCGAGGGGCGACACGGUUCAUACACAUGUAUUUUUUUGAGAAACUUUUUUCAGACGCAAAAGAAGAAAUUUUCUAUUUUUUAUAAGAGAUUACUUGAAGUUUUCAAACCGACGUCAGGAGGGACAUGCGCAGGCAGUCUCUCUUUUACAUGAGAAAUUCAGUGGCAUGAUGUACAUAAUGUUCUUUUUAAAAUGUUUGUAAAAAGAAUAUUUUUGCGUGUGAAGAAAAAAAGAAACAAACCAAAAGACUGAUGUAUUUGGAUCCAACACAAAAGAUACCGGAUUUCCUGAUUUAUUUGUUUUUAAUUUGUCAAAAGUCUUAACGUUUUCCUCUGCUAGAGCAAAAACUACAAAUAAAGCUGGUAUUUAUCUAGUUUA